GUGAAUCUGUCAUUGUAACAUUAUGUGGUCUUGUCCAAGAGCUGAGUCGGUAUUUCCCUUUUUGAAUGUGUAUAGUUGGCCACGCAGGCUUCGACAUGGCAUAGGUCUACAUGUGGACUGCUUCAAAAAGCGGAAAAUAUACUUGAAAAGACGCAGUCUCCGAAGUCUGAACAUCUUAAAGUCAAAUGUGCAAUUGACUCGGGACAAACACCUAUUAGGAACGAUAAAGGGAACAUCGAGGCUGAACAUUUCAAAAGAAUUGCCGAAAGUGAUGACAUCGAGACUGUUAUGUCGCGGAACUAUUCUCAAGUAGAUACUUUGCCUGGUGUUUCAACCGAAAAUAAACCCAGCUCAAAAGUCAGUAGCACAGACAGAUCACAUCCUUCUCAUACAAACACGCCGGCGAACACAUCCACCCAGAACACGAAGGGAGACAUGUCACAUUCUACUGCCAAUGGAAGUACUGAAAUUUCUGUCAGGACCAAUGCCUCGCAAGGAACGGAAUUGGCACCAACGAGCGAACAACUUGCUCAGCGUACUCGUCUGAUGGAAGCCGUGAUCAACGAACAAGCAGUACCUGACGAGCCUGAUGAAGACCAGUAUGCGUGCUUAUGGCUCGAUUGUGAUGAAGUUUUCGAUGAGUUGGGAUUGCUCAAGAGACACGUUGACCAACAUCGAGCGUACAGUUGCGGAUGGGACAAUUGCUCUGAACAACUGGCUACUCACGGCGAACUCUCAAUGCACAUGGCAGCACAUCACAGAUACGAUUGCAAGUGGGAGGGGUGUGGUCAAGUUUUUACAUCGAUGAAGAGAUUCAGAUCGCACCUAAGUGCACAUGACGGCAACACGUGUGCAUGGGAGAACUGUGGUGCAAAUUUGACCUCGAGAUCACAGCGAUUAGAACAUGCCAAAGCGCAUGAGAGCUAUGUGUGCUUUUGGGGGGGUUGUAAACAGUCACAUAAAUCCUUAAUCGACCUCAGAGUCCACCUGCAGUCGCAUGUGGAAUACUCGUGCGCCUGGGAAUCAUGUGGCGAGAACUUUGUCUCUCACAUCGCGUUUAGUAUGCAUAUGGACACGCAUCAGAGUGUACUAUACAGUCACAAGAACAAGAGAGGCGCAUUCAAAUGUGGCUGGGAAGACUGUCGAAAAGAGUGUAGGAGCCAGAGCAAAUCCAGUAGCGAAGCCUUCAUGGUUCAUGUAUUGAAUCAUACGGCAUAUCUGUGUGAAUGGGAAGGAUGUAAGCAGGUCAUCAAGACAGAAUCAGCCUUGAUAUCGCACUUGGCGGAGCACGCCAACGCAAUCCAAUGCGGAGACGACGGGGAAAAUACUGGCACAUCUUCAUCUACUAGUAGAAAAAUAUGCAAGUGGCUGGGGCCAUGCUCGAAGUAUUCAGGUGUUGCAUCGGAGUACCACACAAAUGUAGAGUCACAUCGUAUGUUGAUUUGUAGAUGGGAGAAUUGUGGCCGCAGGUUUUCAAGUCCAUCAGAGUUGAAGAAGCAUAUGUAUGAGCAUUGCACUCAGCUGGGCACCACUGCUUCAAGUCGACAGAGUACGAGCCCAUCGUACUCGCGCUAUGUGUGUUCGAUAGGUUCGUGCGGACAGAUAUUCACGUGUGAAGAGCACCUCAUGCAGCACAUGGUAGAACACAAGAAGUUUGUAUGUCCAUAUGAAGGAUGUAAAGAACGUUAUUUUUCAGAGGAUGCAGUGAAAAGUCAUGUUCGCUCCCACGAUAGAACAUCUGUUCCGAAAUAUACCUCAUAUCGAAAGUACAAGUGUACCCUAUCUGGUUGCCCAGAAAAGUUCGCUUUACGAGAAGCGCUGAAUGCCCACAUUUUGCACAAGCAUUCGGGAGGUGAAGCUCAGGGUGGCCACCUCUUUUGUAGAUGGGAAGAUUGUGCUGCGGUAUUUAGCAGCGAAGCCGAGUUGCAGGACCAUCAAAAGUCCCAUAGGAAGCGACGGAUCACAACACAGUCCUCUCGUGGAGGACAUGACACUGCCGAGCGAUCUUUCUCUGACGUUCCGGAAUCCAGAUUUUUUCCAGGAAAGUCAAGAUACUUGUCUGCGCAGUGCUCCAAUGAUGCAGCUAUAGCGAACUUCGGUUCCUAUGAUCAGCAGGGGGUAUCGGCGCUACAGAUUCGUCCGUUUUCCUCUAUGCCGCCGAUGACUUCAAGGUACCCAAAUGGUCCGUACGACAGCUUUAGUAGGAGCGCCCCUGCUACCACUCGCGGCAACUUGCAACGAGACCAUUCGUUUGAAGUGACAUCUCGUCAGAAUCAUGUAGCUUCCACAUGUGGCUGGAAUGGAUGCGCUCAAAGCUUUGACUCACUAGAGAACUAUCACAAACACACAGCGCGUAUGCAUGCCGGCAUCUACCUUUGCGCACGCAAUGGUUGUGGAGCGCAGCUCAGUGGUGCCGAGGCUUUCAGUCGACACGAAGCUUCACAUACGAGCAAGAAUGACGACGUGGGAGCGAUAGGAACAGCAAUUUUUUGGUCUUCUGGCGCCGAGAAUAGCGUCCCACAGAGAAGUCCCAAAACGGUAGCUUAUCAGCAACAAGGCAGCUCAAGCCAAUCACAGCCGAGUUCAGCAAAGCGUAUAAAUAUCAAAACCACCGCUCCCAGGGUUCGAAGAGGUUCCACUGCACAUAGCAGACAGUUACUGGGUAGCACUCGAAGCCACACUGGCUCAGUACAGGGUGCGCCGUACGAUGCACCAGCUCCCUGGCGCGACUCAAGGCGGCAGUUAGGCCAGGAAUGGUAUCCGCGCGAAUUAGGUUCUGCUAGACAAACGACGUCGUUUAUUGACUUCGAGAUCGCCAGGGCACCGGACCACGCAGAAAAUCCGCGAAAGUCAGUAGGUGAUGGCCCUCAGGCGCUAAUACCCCUCAAACGCGACGGACUCGGAACUCCAAAUACCACUGGAAUUGGUCAUCGUGUAGGAGAUCGUACGUCUUCGGAGCGGAGAUCGAGCUUUGCCUGUGCGGUGAAAGGAUGCCGUGAGACAUUUGGUACUGUUGCAGAGAUGAAUGCACACCUGCGUAGACAUGGACAUGUCGAGUGGCACAGGAGCUCCUCCACGCCAGUUUCUUCGGAUGCCUUUAGAUGCCACGUGUGCGCAAUGACUUUAAAUUCAAGCCGUGAACUUGAUCGACACAUGGAUAUGCACCGUCAAUGGGACAAUUAGACUGAAGUCAGAUUGUCACGGGGUACUAUUUUCAUGCUCGCCGAGGCCGGAAUGGUCUCAUGGCAUCUUUUCGACAUGUGCGUGAUAUCAGUUGAGUCUUCGCUGGCAUACGCAAUCUCCAGUCGUGAAAGUCGGUCUAGUCCAGAGGUAUAGUAUACCUAACACAGAACUAACACAUGGCCAUGGUGGGAGUAUGGUGAGUGUGCUAGUUCAAAUUAUUAAUAUCAAGUCGAAGUUGCUGAGUUCGAGAACUUAGAUACAGGGAGAAAAAGGGUCUCCGGCGUGGCAACGACUUUAAACGCCUGUUUAUACACUACUUCUAAAUCCUUGCCUGGUUGUAAGCAUUUGUUAGAUGUAGUGCUUUGUUUAUAGCUAUAUGCACUUAGUAAAAUUAGUGGUUCCAAACACGGGGAUAUAUCGCUUAAAGGUGUUCCUGAUGGUCGUCCAAGAUUAGUAAAAUUUAAUCACGUAAACUCAUACUCGCAUAGGAACAUAUCUACUUAUCUU